AGGCAGGUGGACAAAGCAAGACAGAUGGACAGGGAGGUGUGUGGUUGCAGGGAGGCAUCAGGACAUGAGAAGGUCACGGAGGCAGCAGUGGGAGGGAGGGGCAGGGACUCGGAGCAGGGAGGCAUUAGCACCCCUAAAGAGGAGGCAGCCAGGGCUGAGGGAAGGGUCUGGGCAUGGGCGCGAUGAGUCUGAAGGCUACCCUUUGUAGAUAAUAAAUGUGCACAAUAUACCCAUGACCGAGGGGUUGAGAAGUCGCCAAGGAAAGAGGCAGAACCCCAGCGGAAGCCCCUCGAGGAAUUUGCUGAUGAGGACACUCGGGGUCCAACAGAGUGGGCACAGCCAGCGUGGUGCAGAAGGGAGCACAGGGCUGGAGAAAAGUCCCUCAGGAAAGCAUCAAUUCCCACUCCCCAGCCAGCACAACCCCACAGCGAUCCCCAACAGCCAGAGCCUUCCUGCACCUGAGUCUCCACCAGAGGCAGGGCUGAGUCAGCUCUGCCCCAGGGACUUUCACUCCUUGGCCUCUCUGGCUGUGGGCCCCGAGGCCUCACUGUCCCCAGUCCAUCCACGCCUCUGUCCCGCACACUAGCUGUCCCCUUCCUGCCAUCCACACCUCUGUCCCGCACACUGCAAUAAGGAGCAAAGCAAAGUCCCAGGGCCCGAGCCAUGCACGGCAAGGGUGGGGGCCUUUGGGCUGAGGCCAUUGUCUCCAUCACACAGACGGUGAUCUAGAACCUACCAUCCCAAAGAGAACAUUCUAGAGCUCAGGGACCCCUCCCCAAUUCUCGAAGCCCCCGAGGAGAGAGGAGAGAGAGGGAGAGGGCUUCCUCUCCAUGUUCCUUUUCUGGAACUCCCUGGCACCGAGGCCGGUGUGACGGGACUGCCUCUGAAAAGUCCCAGUCCAUAGGCUGUUCUGGGCACCGCUCCUGGACCAGACAGGUGAGAGCCCCUCCAGAGCGGCCCCAUCCCCGCCCAGGGCACAGUCUUAUCCAGGAAGUUGCCCACCUUUCCCACCACUCUUGGCCAAGCACACCCAGGGUCUUCUGAGCAGGAGGAACCAGCCCAGACCCCCUUAGAUUCAUGGCGGGUGGUCCGUGAGUGCUGAAAGUGACAGCAUCCGUGGCCUUGUAAGUGAGGGUGGAUGAUCCUACUGCUGGCGGUCGGUGUGGCAGAGCCAACUCACUGCUCUCAAAUCCAGGCCCCAACUCGAGAUCCCACUGAGGAGGCUACAGCCUGCAGUUCUGCCCAUCGCAGGGGGUGGGGGGGUAAAGGCAGGGAUGGGGGUGGCGGGCUCAGGCCUCCCAGCACCUGGUCACUCUCCCAUCCAUGGACAGAGCCGGUCAUGGCCGAGGAGGUAUGGGUGGGCACCUGGAGACCCCAUCGCCCCCGGGGGCCCAUCAUGGCCCUCUACAGCAGCCCUGGACCCAAGUACCUGAUUCCACCCACCACGGGCUUUGUCAAGCACACGCCCACCAAGCUGCGUGCACCAGCCUACAGCUUCCGAGGGGCCCCCAUGCUCCUGGCAGAGAACUGCUCCCCAGGGCCCCGCUACAGCGUGAACCCCAAGAUACUGAGGACUGGCAAAGACCUCAGCCCCGCCUACUCCAUCCUGGGGCGCUACAGCACUAAGGCCACACUGACCCCCGGCCCUGGCGACUACUUCCCAGAGAAAUCUACCAAGCACGUGUUCGAUGCAGCACCCAGCCACUCCAUUUCCGCCCGAACCAAGACCUUCCGAGUGGACAGCACCCCAGGCCCCGCUGCCUACAUGCUGCCCAUGGUGAUGGGGCCCCACACUGUCGGCAAGGUCUCCCAGCCCUCCUUCUCCAUCAAGGGCCGCAGCAAGCUGGGCAGCUUCAGCGAUGACCUGCACAAGACCCCAGGUCCUGCAGCCUACCGUCAGACCGAUGUCCAGGUGACUAAAUUCAAGGCUCCACAGUACACCAUGGCUGCGCGGGUGGAGCCCCCAGGCGACAAGACCCUCAAGCCAGGACCAGGAGCCCACAGCCCUGAAAAGGUGACCGUGACCAAGCCCUGCGCCCCCAUCGUCACCUUUGGCAUCAAACAUUCUGACUACAUGACACCCCUGGUCGUGGAUGUGGAAUAGUCCCGGCCCCGCUCCACCAGUCACCCUGAGCCUCUGCAUGUCAUGUUCCCCCAACAGCAGAUUCCCGGGGCUGAGGGCUCUGGGUGCCUCCUCCACCAGCUGGGCUGCAGCUGGCCUGGCCCUGCAGGGCAGAGCACACUUGUUUGGACAGUUGUGACCAGUUAUUUUUUCUAUGCUACCUUCCCUUUUGCUAAACUUGUUUCCUGCUGAGCCUGGAUAUGUAAUAAAAUCUGAUUCCAUUAGUAAUGGGUGUCUCUUGGGGGAUCACCAAGAUUUUCCAGAAAGGGGCCCCCAUAGGCUACCACCGACCCGUGUCCGGCCCCUCCUAGCUUCCAGGGCCUGGGUUCUGACAAGAGUGGAGGGCUCAGGAGCCUCAGACACUGCCCUUAGGAUUCUGCCUUGAGCCCUGCCCUCUACGUGGCUCUAUCUGUCCCCUCCCAUGUGAUGUCCAGUGUGGCUCUCUCUCCCCUGCUGAGAGUCCCUCCCCUGGAAUCUAGAACAGCGUCUGGGACCAUCCCAAAUGGAGAUGCAACGUGACUCGUGAGGCCAGGCCAUGCGACACACACAGAGCUCCCACCUGGGUACCCCCUUCUCUUUGCUCACCUUCACACCAGGAACCAUGUCGUGAGGAAGCUGAACACAUGAUAAGACAGUGAACAUGGCUGGGCCCCCAGCUCACCCCAGCGGUGACCUGCAGAUCUGUCACUGAGCCUUCACGUGAUGGCAGCACCAGCCUCUCACCUCUGAGAGGAAGCCUUAACAUCAUAAAGCAGAGACAACUGUCCCCACUGAGCCUGUCUCAAACUCCAGCAGCGACCAUGAGACAUAAAUCACUGCUGCAGGGGUUCCUGCCAUGCCUCAACGGUUAACAAACCCGACUAGCAUCCAAGAGGAUGCAAGUUCCAUCUCUGGCCUCGCUCCGUGGAUUAAGGAUCCGG